CAUUAUAAUUAAAUAUAAUAAGUUUUAUUUUUACAAAAUGAUGCCAACAAUGGCACCAAAUCAUCUUUUUACAACACUAAAUGGAACAUCUAAUAUGUCAUCUUCACAAAAAUUACAUUUAAAACCAAAAUUAGGAUUUAGUAUUGAUUCAAUUGUAGGGGAUAAAACUAACAAUACACAACAUCAAUCAAAAAUUAAAAAUUCACCGGCAACAACAAUUGUUGUUGAUUUAUCACCAUCAUCACCAACCAUCAGCAAUAGAAGUAAUAAAUCAGAUGAUUGUAACAGUCCAAUUCAAAUACGUUCAGAUAGUCCAAUUAUUAGUUCUCCACCUUUAAAUUUAAUUCAAAAUGGACCACAACUUUCACCGAAUGAUUCUAUUAAAAGUGUUAAUGAUGAUAAUAGAUUAUCAUCACCAUCAAUUUCUACAUCUCCAUUAAAUAAUCAUAUUUUAUCUGAAAUUAAUGAAAGAUCUAAAUCAAGAAAUGAUAAUAAAAAUUUAUCAAAUUCUACACCGGAUUUACAAAUAAUCAAUUCACCAAAUUCAUCUAUUAUCACAAAUAGUAAUAAUGAUAUUAAUAAUAGCAAUACUAAUAAUAAUUUAUCAGAUGAUUUAGAUAAUAAAAGACCAAUAUUAGUACCUGGUAUUUCUGCAAAUAAUAAUGGAAAUUUAAUAAGACCAUUUCCAAUUCAACCAUCUAAUACACAAAAUGGUUCAUUGCAAUUAAAUUCAUUAUCAAAUCAAGAUUUGAAAACUAUGUCAUCUGGUGGAGGUUCAACGUAUGCUACUAGCGGAGGAUCCUCUAAUAUAAUACUACCAUCACAUCAACCACCAUCACAUCCACAUCCAUCGCAUAUUUCACAUUCUGAAUUAGUAGGACAAACACCGCAUCAUUUAUUAGCUGCACAAUUUCAAAUGGCAGCAGCAUUAGCACAUCAUGGACAAGCUGCUGCUGUUGCAGCAGCAUCUGCUGGCCAUCCUGGAUUUCCACCAGGUCCACCAAUUUAUCAUCCACAAUUCAAUAAUUCGAGUAUGAUACGUGAUAGUUAUCCAUUAUAUCCUUGGUUAUUAAGUCGUCAUGGUCGCAUUUUUCCACACCGAUUUCCAGGACAUUUUUUAUUGCAACCUUUUCGGAAACCAAAGAGAGUUAGAACAGCAUUUUCACCAACUCAACUUCUAAAAUUAGAGCAUGCAUUUGAAAAUAAUCAUUAUGUUGUAGGUGCUGAACGUAAAUCUUUAGCUCAAUCACUUAGCUUAACAGAGACACAAGUAAAAGUUUGGUUUCAAAAUCGACGAACUAAACAUAAAAGAAUGCAACAAGAAGAUAAUUCAAAAGGUGGUUGUGGUGGUACAGGCGGUGAUAAUAGUAGUGGCAGAGCUAAUUCACCAAAUUCACCAGGUUACGAAGAGGAAGAUGAAGAUGAUGAUGAAUUAAUUGAUAUGGAAAUGGAUGAUUGUCCAAGUGAUCAUGAAAUGGAACAAAUGUAUCAUCAAUUUAAUGCACAAUAUAAUGCAGUUAAGGGAGAAAUCUAUAAAAAUUUUGGUGUCUCCUAUUAACUUUUACAAGGAUAUAUGGAAUGUUUUAAGUAUACAUUUCUGCAAUGUGAUGCUAUUAUACCUACAUUCU